AUGUCUACACUGGACGUGUUGAACUCUUGCGCAGAUCAAAGCGGCUACGGGACGGGAUGCGCAGACGACGUCUCGACGCCCCCCUACCCUCGCGCCGCCUUCCACCCCCCUCAGUCGUAUCCCGUGGCGCUAGCGCAGGAUAUUUGCAUGCGAGACGCAUUCGAUCGAAUACCAUUAACAAUGUCAAUGAUUGACUUCGAAAAGUGGAACUAA